AUGGUGAGAAGAAGAGAAGGCCUUACAUUGCCAAUCUUAAGAUCAACGUUUCCAGAGGUCAAAACAACAACAACAACACCGGUGGCCUCACAGAAACCAAAACAACGGUUAUCAAAGCAGCUCUCUAUGCGUGAAACACCAAGAGACGUUGCUUGGGAAAGAAGAAGACGUCAGAUGAUAAUGAUUCAAGAAAAGAAGCUGCUUCAUAAAGGCAUUUCAGAUGAUAUUAGUGUACAAAUGAAACUAACGGAUGAGGAUUUGAACGAGCUAAAGGGAUCGAUUGAGCUAGGUUUCGGUUUCAAUGAAGAAGCAGGACAAAAGCUAUGCAAUACAUUACCAGCUCUUGAUCUUUACUUUGCAGUGAAUCGUCAGGUCUCACCUCUCCCUUCACCUAGCAGCAGCCGUAGCAGCAGCGUAUCUGCAUCAACCUUUUCGAACAGUAUACCGUGUAGUCCCAAAAAAACUGAUUCAGAUUCAUUAAAGAUCUUAUGCCCAGGGGAUGAUCCUCAACAAAUGAAGCAGAGAUUGAGACACUGGGCACAAGCAGUAGCAUGCUCUGUUAUGCAGUCUUAUUGAUGAGUGUAUAUGUGAUUGUAAGCUUCAAUAUUUUCUUUUGAGAGAUAGGAAACAUAAAUCCUUUAUAAAUUAGGACUCUCAAAAUAGAAAAUUUUGAAAGAAAACAAAAAAAAAGGAAGAAGAAGAUUAUGGCUUUUGUAUAUACUCUGUAAAGGGAACACAAGAUGAGAAAACAAAAAUACCUCUUGUUCAUAAGCUGUAUACAAAAAAAAAGAUUACAAUAUGAUCUUGGAUUGGAUAAAUUAA